AUGGUCGCUCGCGGCAUGAACAUGUCCAUCGGAUCACCACCGCAACCACUCGCCUUCAUGCCGCUCGUGCCGCUGAACAACACACUUCUGUACGGCACAGACGGAUACUGUCUCGCGGGCAGUCCAGGCGCCGGUCCGUGGGCCAAUGCGGGCUUGAGCGCGAAUGCGUACCUGUAUGACGGCGCCAACGAUACGGUGCUCGGAGGCUCGACAUAUCCCAAGUUCACGCACGUGGCCGACACGCUGCGGCUCAACAGCAACGUCACCCUGGACGGCUUCCCGAUGAGCAUUGCCCUGAGCGACUGGGGCGAGCAGGCGUAUACGCCGAUGAUGGGCAUCGGCCUCGGCACGAAUUCGACCCUCCUGAAUCUGCUCGCGUCGUCGGGCCAGAUUGCCUCCCGGAGCUGGUCCUAUUUCUGGGGCCGCACCACCGUUCCAGGCGGCGCGUCCGGCACGUCCGAACAACUGGGCGGCAGCGUCGUCUUUGGCGGCUACGACCGGGCCAAGGUGACUGGGGCCAAGUACACGCAGUCCAUGACGACGACCGAGCCCAACUGCCCUUCACAGCUCCUCGUGACCAUUACGGACAUUGUGCUCAACUUUGCCAACGGCAGCGAGGCCAGCCUCUUCCCGGCCUCGAGCUCGGCCGCGAUGACGGCCUGCCUCACGCCGGCGCUGCCCACGCUGAUGUGGCUGCCGCUCGACUCCUACUUUAAUACCAUGCUCGACUUGACGAACAACAGCAUCUACGCCAUGGGCCGGUCGGUCGGCAUUUACUACUGGAACAUGCGUUACGAACCGUCGGGGUUUGAUCCAUACGACGGCGACCUCACCAUCACGCUCCAGUCCGGCCUCUCCGUCCGUAUCCCCAACGACCAGCUCGUGCGUCCCCAUACCGCCAUCGACCAGACCACCGGGAACAUCCUCGUCAACACGACGGCGCCGGACCUCGUGAUUGACUCGCUGCAGAAUGUGCAGGCGACGAAACUCGCACAACUCGGCUGGCAGUUCUUCUCGUCGGCGUACCUGCUCGUCAACCAGGACGCGCGCGAGUUCACGCUCUGGGCGGCGAAUCCGACGGCUGCGGAGGACCUGGUCGCCGUGGACACCACGGGCGCGGAGAUCACAGACUUUUGCGCGUCCUCGGCGGGAACAAACACCACAGCGGGAAGCGGCGGUGCUCCCGGCCCUGGGCAUGCCUCGCCGCCCACGGGCGUCAUUGUCGGCAGCGCAGUCGCCGCCGUGGCCGUCAUUGGCAUUGUCGUUGGUCUCCUGGUGUGGUGGUUGCGGCGGCGGCGACGGCUGCAGGCGACGACACCCACCCGUGGUGCGGAGCAAGACCGUCAAGACCGUCCAGGGCUCGGCGUGCCGCAAGCAGAGCAUGCCGCUGCGGACCACGGCAGCUUCAUUGCCUACAAAAAGACGGGGCUGGACGGGAAUGCACUACCGCAGGAACUGUACACGAGUCCUGGGCCGCAUGAAAUGCGUUACACAAUGAUGCAUGGUACGGUGCCCGGAGAGCGAGUACAGUACGAACUGGAAGGAUAA